AAGGGAAUGUUAUCAAUAAAUUUUUAGUAGAUUGUGAAGAGGAAGUUUUAAAGUACCUAGAAAAGUUUGAUAACAUUGAUAGUUUAAGGACAUUAGAAGAGUGUUUAGAUAUAAAUCGAAUCAAUCAUUCUACCUCAUCAAAUGAUCUCAUUUAUGCUGAAAACCACUUCUUCCAUUUCCUGUUCUUAUACAAAAAUGAUGUACUUACACAAUCUCUAACGGAAGCUGAAUUUAACGCAUAUGUCUGGACACCAAUGCUUAGAAAUGCUUUCUUUGGAAAGACUGAUUUGAGAUUAAAAUGUGGAGAAGUAGCGUCCAAGUCAUAUGAUAAAUUGAAAGAAAUUUUAAAUAUUGUUACUCGUAGUGGUUCCAGAUUAGACGGAAAAGGUUUCCUCAAGUCAUUAGGCACUGAAAUUUUAGCGCAGGAAGACGGAGCAAUAAGUACACAGAGCAAAAGGACAAGAGACCUGCAGAAAUUAGAGUACUGCUCUAAAAUUAUUCUUACGGCAUUAUUUUUUGCGCUACCUUCUCACGUGAAAAAUAGAAUCAAAGAUCUUGAAGUUUAUAGUUUGCAAUCAAAUUAA